AUGCAGUGUAGCAAUUUCAGCCAAGUGACCAAAAUUGUUCUGUUGGGUUUUCAGAAUCUUCACCGUCUAAAGAGCAUAUUAUUUCUCCUACUGCUAAUCAUCUAUUGCAUAACCCUAUUUGGAAACCUGCAGAUCAUCCUACUGGUGUCAUCAAGCAAGAACCUCCAAACACCAAUGUACUUCUUUCUCACUCAGUUAGCCUUUUCAGACAUCUUACUGAGCAGCUCUAUUGUACCCAAUAUGCUCUGUGUGGUAUUGUAUGAAGGAACCACCAUAACAUUUCAGAGCUGUCUUACUCAAUUCUAUUUUUUCACGGCCUCCGAAGCCUUGGAGUGUCUUCUGCUUACAGUCAUGUCCUACGAUCGAUAUCAGGCCAUCUGUAAUCCUUUACAUUAUUCAUCUGUUAUAAAUUUUCUAUUUUGUGUUAAAGUAAUUAUUUUGCUUUGGGCAUUUAUUUUUAUAAUCAUACUGAUGAUCUCAUCAUCGAUGAGUCAUUUACAAUUCUCUGGGUCAAAUGUCAUUGACCACUUCUUCUGUGACUUUGCUCCCCUUCUUGAUCUGUCCUGUUCAGACACAUUUGUAGUUGAAAUGGAAAGCAUGCUACUGGCUAUCCCCCUUGUUCUUUGUCCUUUUGCUAUCAUUACAGUUUCCUACAUUUAUAUUGUCUUCACCAUCCUAAAAAUUCCAUCGGUUACUGGGAGGCAGAAGACGUUCUCAACCUGUAGCUCUCAUUUGGCCGUGGUGUCUCUAUAUUAUGGGUCACUAAUUAGCAUCUAUUUAUUUCCAAACCAAACGAAUAUAAAGAAGGUCCUUUCUCUGUUCUAUACUGUAAUAACACCUCUGCUUAAUCCUGUAAUAUACAGCCUAAGGAACACGGAUAUAAAACAGGGUCUUGCAAAAAUAUUUUUUUCACUUAAAGCUGAACUCUUGGCUUAA